AUGCACGUAUUAGAAUUUACACUAUCAGUCCUCACAGUCGCCGGAGGUUGGCGACCGCUGUCGUGGACCUCGUUGACGAAACAAAUUAUAUACAAUGCUUACUCAAUUUUACUGAAUGCGGCGGUAUUCAUAUUCAUCACAACCCAAUUCAUGCAUCUUGUGUUUAACGCCAUCAAUGCGGACGAAAUAUGCGAGACAUUAUACGUGGUGCUUGUUGGAAUGAUUGGAAAUUUUAAGAUUAUCACAAUAGGUAUCAAUCAUCAAAGUUUCGCGGCUAUGCUCGAUAAUCUAUCACAGAAACCGUUCAAACCAAUGGUAGAAUACGAGACGAUGAUUCAAACAAAGUUUGAGAAAAUGAUAAAGAAUAAUACAACUCGCUAUAUAAUGCUUCUGGUGUCGACUGUUUUAUACAUGACUUCAGUAUCCUUAUUCACGGACUUCAGUAGAAAACAAUUAACUUUUAACGCAUGGUUCCCGUUUGACUAUUCGGUUUCAGUGAUAUAUUACUUUCUGUACAUUCAUCAAAUGAUCAGUUUGACACUGUGCAGUUUAUUGAAUAUCGCCUGCGACUGUUUCUUCUCCGGAUUACUACUGCACAUUUCCUGCCAGAUCGAGAUCUUAGAAUACCGUCUGUCGAAAGUCGCGAAUAAUCAAGUCAAGUUGCGCGAGUGCGUGAUUCACCAUUAUCGCAUAUUCGAAUUCGCCAGUGUGUUGAAUGAUAAAUUGGUAAUUGUCAUCGGCAGCCAAUUCAUAGGGACCUUCUUAGUGCUAUGCUGCCUGCUCUUUCGGUUAACAAUAUCAACAUCCAGCUCUAUGUACAUCGAAACCAUGAUGUGUAUAUGUUGCGGAUUAAUAGCGACCUCCUAUUACUGUUGGUUCGGAAACGAAAUCAGACUGAGUAGCCUGGAGUUGUCCGAAAAUAUCUACAAAAUGAAAUGGCUGGAGCUUAGUAACAGCAUGAGGAAGAGUUUCUUGAUUAUUAUGAAUCGCGCAACUUCGUUACCUAUCAAAUUUACCAGCGCGCGUAUCAUUCCUCUGAACCUAGAGUCUUUCGUAACGGUGCUCAAGAUAUCGUAUUCGGUUUUCAAUCUAAUGCGUCAGAGGCAAGAGGGAUACCAACUUUUGGAGCUUAUACUGAACGCCAACAACGCCGAUUCAUUUGGCGACGCGUUAUUCAACAUUCUGAUCUCGCUUCUGGCCUGCUACAAGACACUUAUUAUACGAAUCAAUCAAGAGAGCAUCAUAGCGUUAAUUAACAAUCUUACCGAGGCGCCGUUCAAGCCAUUAGACUCGUAUGAAAUGAUGAUCAGAGAGAAAUUUGACAGGAGGAUAACAUAUGCAUAUAUGUUGAACGACAAGUUCGCAAGAUUAGUGCCCGGUGAGUUCGCAAUGGUCACAAUAGUGAUGACUUAUGAUCUGAUCCAUAUGAUUAUGUCGUCGUCUAACGCUGUUUAUGUACAAAGCAUGAUGUUCAUAGCUUCUACACUCGCGGCAAUUUUCUACUAUUGCUGGUUUGGCAACGAGCUCAAACUAAAGAGUUUGCAGUUAUCAGACAAUAUCUACAACAUGGAGUGGAUGACGUUAAACGACAAUGUGAAAAAAGGUCUCUUAAUGAUUAUGAAUCGUGCGACGAUACCUAUCGAAUUUAAAGGCGCGUACAUGCCAAUGAAUCUCGAAUCUUUCGUGGUGCCGUUUUCCUGGACAUCGAACUUAUCAAUAUUCAAAUAUGCAAUGUACAUCGGUUAUAAAACAUUAUUGAUCUCCAUAUUGUUCACAUUUAAUGUGACUCAAUUCAUGAACAUUGCAUUAAACGUCGGUAACUCCGACGAAUUCGCCAACACUAUAUACAUGAUGCUGACUGUAUUCGUGGCGUUUUACAAAAUAAUUAUCAUGUGGCUAAGUUGCAAAAAUGUUACCGGAAUAGUCAUAGCUCUCACGGAAAAGCCCUUCGCGCCAAAGGAAUUGGGUGAGAUAACAAUUCGACAGAAGUAUGACAAAAUCUCAAUCCGUAGGAAAACUGCGAUAUGGUAUCUAAGUCUGGUCAUGACUACUGUCGUGUGCAUGAUUUUCACGUCUGUUUUCGUGGAUUUUAUGGGGGGAAGCCUGACUUAUCCGGCAUGGCUGCCGUUCAACUACACGUCAUCCACUUUAUUUCCCCUCGUUUUCGUUCACCAAACGAUAGCCGUGACAAUCUGCGCGACAGUGAACGUCGCCUGCGACAGCCUGAUAUGCGGACUUCUGUUGCACAUAUGCUGCCAGCUCGAGAUCUUUGAAUAUCGAUUAAUGCAAAUCCCGCAGAAACAACAUAUCCUGCCUGACUGUGUGCGUCACCACGACCGCAUAUUUGAAUACGCGUACACGGUGAACAGCCAAUUUGUGAAGAUAAUUGCUCUCCAGUUCGGAGUGAGCACAUUGGUGGUGUGCUCUAAUUUGUUUCAUUUGGCUAUGGCGACACUCGACGCGAAUAUUCUACCAUUGAUACUGUAUACGGCCUGCAUGUUAUCGCAGAUUUUUAUCUACUGUUGGUUUGGGAACGAAGUCAAACUAAAAAGUCUUCAGGUGGCAGAUAACGUUUACAAGAUGGAGUGGAUGGCACUUGACAACAGUAUUAAAAAGAGUCUUCUACUGAUUAUGAAACGCUCAGCCUCUUCUAUUGAAUUUACUAGCGCGGUAGUCAUCACGAUGAACCUUGAUUCGUUUGUAUCCGUACUCAAAACAUCAUAUUCUGUUUUCAAUGUACUCAAACGCACGCAUGAAUAGGAAGGCAUUAAAUUUAGUAUUGUUUGCGUUGAUAUAAAUUGCAUAAGAGACAAAAUACAGGAUACGUAGAAGCGCAAAAGAAAAUGUAUCGACCUGUUUAUCAUCGAUAUUAAAUAAAUAUUUUUUUGUCAAUA